AUGACUGAACAAACCAAUCCAAAUAUAACCAGUGCGUUGGGGAUAGAUCCUACCGUCAGCGACAAGUUGACUGCAGCCUUGGACCAAUUGCAGCUAGACGUUAUUGACGAGACUAAGCCCAAUGAAAUAGUACCACAGAACAAGGAAAUCAAUGGUACAGCUUUACCAAGCCAGCAGAUGUUACCACAAUCUGUUCCACCCCCAAUGAUGGAUAUGAACUUCUCUUAUUCUCAGAUAAUGCCAAUGCCACAUCAAGGUGGAUACUAUCCUGUCCCUAAAUUCCCAGACGCAAAUUUGCAAUUGAAGAAUAUGAAUGGUCCAAUGUUGUUCUCCAACGGGAUUGAUAUAUCUGGUAUUCCAAGUAUUCCACCAAACACCUCACCAAUGGGAGGCGCUCCAAUAUUUCCCGUCGACAAUGCUCCCUUCAAUCCACUGAACGUACCUAUGCCACCUCUACCGCCCCCUCCUGCCCCUGCUUUAAACAAUACUGUUUGGCCUGCAACUGGCCCUGUAGGCCCGAUUAACGCAAUUGAUGAGGGCAGCGUUUUAGAUGAUUCUGUACCAUUGCAAAAUGGUCCAGGUGCGGCGAUGAUCGGCUCAAGAAGACAAACCUUCCAUGCCAUAUCCACAAAAGAUUUAAUUGCGAAGGCAUCAGAAUUGGCCCAAUCAAAUGACAAGAAUAAUCUUCUACCCAACACGAACACCAUCGGAGGCUCAACUGCGCUCGGAGCAUCCUCUAAUGUGGGUUUUAAAACCAGAACCCAGUCUUCUUCAAUGUCAAAGGGCGAUCGCAGCAACUUAGUUUUUUUACCACCCAAGAACUCUAUUAAAUUAACAGGUAUCUCUAAUGAGGCUGUCGCCAACGAUAAGGAAAACGGUAAAGACAUUAGCGCACCAAGCACUUAUGCUGCAGCUUACCCUUAUGGUGGCCCUUUGGUACAAAACACCCCGAUAUCAGUAGAUGGUGGUAAUCCAUAUGGCGGAAUGCCUAAUCAUUUCCCGGGCAAUUAUGAUUUUGGCUCCCCAUUUCAACCUUUUAAUCCCACCGUAGGUGUUCCCAACAGCCCAAUACACCCACAUUCUCCUGUUCCACCCAUGAUUCCAUCACCCCUUCACAUGGGCCCAGUUCCGGACAUGCGUAAUGGUCCCGUUGCACCUGCACCAGAACUUGGUGGUGUUGGUGAUGGUGGCGUCAGGGAUAUGCCCCCACCACAACAUUUUCAACUCAUGCAACAAGGCAGUAGUCCACCCCCUUGGAUCUACGGCAAUCCGGCAUUCAAUCCGAUGAUGCCUUCUCCGCAUGGACCUCAUUCCCAUCAUACACACAACCGUAUGCACAUGCCUGGCGCUGGCGGGAAUGGCAAAAACUACGGACGCUCUAAUUACAAUAGAGGCGGGUAUAUGAGAGGUGGCAAGGGUAAACCUAGAAAUGCGGACACCAAUUAUUACGGUCAAGACCACAGAUCCAAACUAGAAGACGGAUCUCGUUAUGUUGAUGCUACACUAGAGGAGUACAUUGGCAGCAUUUAUACAUUGUGCAAGGACCAGCAUGGAUGCCGCUUUUUGCAGAAACAAUUGGACAUUAUGGGUAAAGAGGCCGCGGACGUUAUAUUUGAAGAAACUAAGGAGCAUACCGUCGAACUAAUGACCGACUCUUUUGGAAACUAUCUUGUACAGAAGUUGAUUGAAAGAGUUACAAUUGAACAGAGGACAGAGCUUUCGAUGAUUGCAUCUCCACAUUUCGUAUCUAUCGCGAAAAACCCACAUGGGACAAGGGCACUGCAGAAACUGAUUGAGUGCGUUUCUUCUCCUGAGGAGGCGCAGAUCAUCAUUUCCACAUUGAAAGACUGUGUUGUUGUGCUGAGUAAGGAUUUAAAUGGGAACCAUGUUAUUCAAAAGUGUCUAGAAAGACUACAACCUCCGGACUUCCAGUUCAUUUUUGAUGCUACCUGUAAGGAAUGUUCGAGUAUUGCUACCCACAGACAUGGGUGUUGUGUGUUACAACGCUGCCUCGAUUUCGGUACCAAAGCACAGUUUCAAUCAUUGUGUAAUGUGUUGCUUUCUAAUAUCGACAAGCUCACUUUGGAUCCGUUUGGCAACUACGUUGUUCAAUACAUUGUAACAAAGGAGACGGAAAGGAAAGAUUACGAUUACACCUUCAAAAUUGCCAACUCUUUGAAAGCUAAGAUGGGGGAAUUAUCUGUCCACAAAUUUGGUUCUAAUGUUAUCGAAAAGUUGUUGAGAACACCAGUUGUCUGUGAAGCUUUAAUCCAAGAACUGUUGAAUGACGACAGCGGAAAAGAAAUUGAACUUUUAUUGAAUGACAGUUAUGGGAACUACGUUUUGCAAACUACGCUGGAUGUAAGCCACAAACGGAACAAAUACAUGUACGACAGACUAAAUGCCAUAAUUUCACCAUUAUUGGUGGGCCCCAUUAAAAACACACCACAUGGGAAGAGGAUUGCUGGAAUGUUGAGAUUCCCUAAAUAG